CAAAAACAGAAACAAAAUAAUAUUUUGAAUUUAUUUUCUUCGAUUCCAUCAUUUUCGGUCCAUUUUAUAGCGAAUAUUAAUUGAAUUUCGCUGGAUUUUACAACGUACACUGCACAAUAAAUAUAACAUUAUUCGAAGCUGACCAUUUCGCAGCGGUGACGAAGCCCGAUGGCUGAAUUGCAGAACAGGACACCUUUUCGGGUGAAUUAUAUGUCGCGGAUUGCAGUCCCUGAUAAAAGAUAUAUCAACUCAGCAGCUCCAGGAAUGGGAGACGUGAAUGUAAUGGUGAAACCUAGUAGCUUAAAAGAUAAAACACCGAUGUGCUUGGUGAAUGAAUUAGCCAGAUAUAACAGGAUACAACACUUAUACAGAUUAACCAAAGAAGAAGGUCCACCUCAUCGAAAAAAAUUCACAGUAACUUUGAAACUCGGCGACACAGAAUUCGAAGCCCUAGGAACCAGUAUUAAAAAAGCUCAGCACGAAGCUGCAGCUAUUGCUUUAAGAAAAACAAAGUACAAACAUCCGCCUCCUAAAUUAUUACCGAAUACUAGAGUAAAUACAACGCCGACGGUAGAACUGAAUGCAUUGGCUAUGAAACGAGGUGAACCAACCAUGUAUACCGUAUUAAGCCAACCUUCAGCCAAUUUUUAUCAACCACCAUAUCCAAUAAAUUAUUACUCCAGAAGCAUUUAUCAGUCGUCGAGCACGAUGUAUAACGAUUAUUGUGUCAACGAAUACACGUCUGCGGCCGUAUUGAACAGCUACUCGUAUCCGAGAAACCAAUUUGGCAACGUUAGGUAUAAAAGCCCAGCACCGUACAGGAUCUCUUUAAAAGUCGGUAAUCGAGAAUACAUAGGCGAAGGUCACUCAGCCCAGAUGGCUCGACACAACGCCGCCAAAAAAGCACUCGAAGAUUUGAAAGGCUGCGCAAAUACGACGACCGGAAACCCCGCCGCUGGUUUCACGACCCCUACAUCUCAAAAUACCGAACAUUCCGCCGACGAGGCCAAAUCACCUAUUUCAGCAGUACACGAGAAAGCUUUCCGGCAUAAUUUACAAGCAACUUUCGAAGUAGUCGAUGAAAAAGGACCUCCUCAUAUGAGAACCUACGUCACCGAAUGUAGAGUUGGCGAUAAGUUCAAAACUGUCGGCGAAGGGAAUGGUAAAAAGAUCUCAAAAAGAAGAGCAGCCGAAAAAAUGAUAGAGUUAUUGGAAUCCUUACCCUGUCCUCAGAAACCUUACAUGAAUAUCGAUAAGAGAAAAUUACGAAAAAGAAUAACCUUAAGUAAAAAGAAAACUAGAAUCAUUCGAGAAGGAGUAAAACCUAAUGAAACAGACGAGUCAGAAAAACGCUCGGAAUCAAAUCCUACCACAAGAUUACUAGAAUACCAAAAAAAGAAACACGGUAAAGAGCCAGUUUACAUUUUAGUCGAAGAAAAAGGUCGUGGCAGAAAGAAACAGUUUUCAAUCGAGGUUCAAAUAGAUGAUUUAAAAUGCACUGGCAACGGUAGCAACAAGAAAGACGCUAAACGACAAGCAUCGGAGAACAUGCUGCUGUUGCUUGGACUGGAGGCAACUCCUAAAGAGACACCUUCUCCUAAACCUGCAGAAGAUACGAGUAGUAAUGAUGAUCAAUCUUCAUCAGCGAACUCAACUCCUAAACAUAUAGUGAAUGGUAAACAAAUAGCUCCUGGGUUGUUGCUUGUGCCUAAUGCUAAUCUAUCCAGUAAACAAAGUUCCAAAAAGAGCCCUUCGUCGGAUGCUACCGAUACGAAGCUGACGAAUGGAAAUACUGCAUCAUACGAUCAGUCCUCUCCGUCCACACCUAAAUAUCCGGCUGGCAACAAUAAGCAUAAAUUCUUCGCUAGUAUGAAUAUACAAAAAAAUAUCGCCAAAGAACAAUUAAACCGUCUAGCAGAUACUUUCGGAUACGAAGUGGAAUUUUCCGAUUUUCCUAAAGGUCGACAUCAUCGCGAGUACUUAAGUUUAGUUACGUUGAACACAAAUCCUCCGCAGACUUGUUACGGAUCAGGUGAUUCGACCGAAUCGGCUCAAAACGAGGCUGCAUUCAACGCAUUAUCGAUGAUAUCAGAUAUGGGCAUCGAGAACAUAUUCACGAAGAAAUGUUCUUCCGGGUCUUCGUCUUCGUCAUUCAUUCCAGAUAAUGAAAUCAAGUCUUGAAAUGACGCGAAUACUCAACUACUAUAAUACUUUCUUCCUCUAUAUUGUUUAAUUUCGUACAGGGCGUGUGACAGUGAAUUUUAGACUAUAAGAUUUGAUUGAUUCAAAUUGAAAUUUUUUUCCUUUUGUUUGUUCAUUUAUUUAUUAACGAAUACGUUGUUUUAUAUUGAUGGUAAUUUCGAAUAAAUGUUUUUUUUUGCGAAGUUUUAUAAUAAACUCGGAUGUUGGUUUUCU